AUGACAAAGACAUCGUUGGAGAGACAGUUGUCACGUAUACAACAGAAUGCACAUCAAGUCCAUACAGACAAGACGCGUGAUUCAUUGCUGUUUGAUAAGAAAGAAGCUUCAACAAUAGAUUAUGAUGGAGUGCUCGCCAUUGGACAGGAGGGUCUGCGCGAAUUGAUUGCGUUGGACCAACGAUUCAAGACAUUCGAGGCGAACCUGUUUGCACCAUCGUCCAGCAAGCAUAACCGUAUGCUCAUCACCAGUGAGGAGACCAUCGAGUUGGACUCGCACAUCGAUAGCUUCCUGCGUCUAUUCAGCAGUUACUUCCUGCUGACGCCAGCACAACAGGCACUCGAGUGGCUCAUCAGAAGAUAUCGUGUCAACGAGUUCAACAUCGACUCCCUCAUCAUGUCUGUCCUGCCCUACCAUCAGUCAAAUACCUUUGCCAAGUUGGUCUCCAUUCUUCGUUUCGAUCAAGAAGGCAAAUGGGGAUUCCUCACAGAGACAAAGAGACACAAGGUCACAAUCACUCGUGACUUCUUUGUCAAGUCACUCAAGAGACAUAACUUCUUUGUCGAGUUGCUGUGCAACACGAUCAUUGAGUAUGAGACACACGCCACACUCUCCAAGACAAUGACCUCAUUCUUCACUGCGCUGCUCGUCGAUCUGAUCAGUUCAGUUAGGAAUGUCCCCGAACAUUUCAAUCGUGUGGCCCUACCAUGUCUCAACUCCUCGCUACGCAGCAGAAACAUUGACUUGCAGCUCGGAGCAUUCAUGGUUUUGGGCAACAUGGCAUCAAAGGUUCAGUUCUCGGUGGAUGUGUUGGAGCUGCUCAUUAGGUCAACGCUCAAGAACUGCCAUGGCUCGCUGAUGGCUUCAUUCACAUUCCUGUUGGUGUUGUUCCAACGCCAAAACUUUGAGCGCCCGCUCUCUGAUCAGACGCUGGAGAUGCUCGUGGGCACGCCAGCCAUCAACGACAUCCUGCUGGACUUGCACCGACAGAGCCGAUCAUUGGAUCAAUUCAUUCAGCAGACUCUGCACUAUCUUAUUAACACCUACGAGGAUAAUUCAGAGUCGUACGAGUUGCUCAUGCUCUAUAUCACCGAGCUGCCCACCUCUGACGUGCAAAAGGCUAUGGUGGCCACCUCCCUCCUGGGCCGCUACCUCAAGGCCGAGGCUGGACUCAAUAUCGAUCUGAUGUCGGCCAUCGUCCGCGCCAUUGAACCCUCGAUCGUCCAAGCACUAAUCAAUGCCAAGCUGACCGAUCCAAACUGUCCGACCCAGGUGGCCGAUCGUCUUGCCGAGUUCCAAUCACACGUAUUUGCUCAGAAGUUCCUGUCAAAGUCCAAGGCCAACGAGCUGUUCCUGCGUCUCGUCUCUUCCAGCGUGCAUGCCCGUCGCGAGGGCAUUGACCAGCUGGCCGAGCUUGCCAACGCCCAAACCAAGAUGGACUGGAAGUCAUUCGCCGACUCUGUCAGCGAGUUGUUGGUCGACAACGACUCGGUCGUCGUGGAGAAGGCUUGGGGUCUGCCACUCCUCCAGGAUAUGGUCUCACAGGACACCAUCAUCCGCAAGCUCGCUCAGUGCUUGGACUCUGAGCUGCUGCCAGUCGAGUGCAAGAAGAAGAUCGUCAAGAUUGUGUGCGGCAUCAAAGCCACCGCUGUGAGUGAGGCCGAGUGGAGCGAGCGAGUCACCCUCGCGUUGCUGCCACAUCUCCUGAUCACCAAGCGCACACUCACAUUCAGUCAAUUUAUCAGAGACAAUCUGAUAACGCUUUCAACACAACAACAACAAACACAACAACAGGUCAUCAGUGGAGCAGGAGUACUGCUGCAUGGUCUCAACAACAGCCUGAAAACGAACGAAAGUGUCAUGCAAGUCAUUGGCACAAAUAUCACCGCAUCCACCGACGCGGCCUUUGCCGCCAUCUCCACCAUCCUCAACACCAAUGAACAAGCGAUCACCAACGACAAGAUUUUAAUCCUCCUCGCCUCUGCCCACGCUAUCACCAAGCUGAAAAAUGCGUCGGACAAGGUCAAACUAUCUAAUAUUAUAGUCCAGUUUUCCAUCAACCAUUGCACUGCAACAGUCUCAAGGGACAACACAACUGCUGCAGGUGCCGCAGCCGCCGCUAGCUCAGCAGCGACCGUUACACAAUCGAUUCCAUACGAGUCACUGUCAGCCGUGUGCUCCGACAUUGACAAGCAGGAGAAUGUUCUGUCCUCCACACAAUACCCAUUGGGCACAUUGGUGGCCUCGAUCAACAACAUCAUCAACAGUCUGCAGGCGAUCUCAACCGAACAGCUCAUGGAGGCGCUGACCGCCACCGAGUCUGACAAACUGCCCGCGCUCAACAUUCUCAAGACUUUGUUUGUGGCCGCGCUCAGCAUGUCUGCCGCCACCAACGCCUCUUUGGUCGAGACAUUGAUCCAAAAGCUUAUCAAGCAGCACUUCACUGACCACGUCGUGCUCUUGAAGUUCCUCUCAUCGCUCUGGUGUGAUCUCCGCCAGCCAGACUUUAUCAAGAUUGCUUCCUUGACACUCUGCCAAUCGUUCCUGUCGUCGCGUCUGUUUGUCAAGCUGGCUCGUUCCCAAGAGCUGUUGGCCCCAUUCCUUUUGAUGCUCCAGAAUGACAAUCAAGAGGUGCGCGAGGCUGUCUGCCAGUGUCUUGUAACCAUUCACCAAGCCAUCGAACACUCCACAGAGUCAGACAACGUCCACGCCACCAGCAAGUACUUCCGUCGUCCUAUCACCAAUCUGGAGCCGGUACAGUAUGCCAACCUGGUCAAGAUGCUCUCUGACUACACUUCCGAGUUCACACUGAGCGCCACCUUCUUCCUGUCCUUUGUCGGAUCAGUCGUACUCAACCCCGACAACAACACAUUUGGCCGCAAGGAGAAGGAAGCUGUGGGAUCAUUCUUGAUCAACUGUGCCCUGAGCCUCGAGUCGCCUCAGAACUGCUCGACUCUCAUGAGUGGACUGUCUGCCAUCCGCGAGCCAUACUUCUUUGACAUCUGUCAUAAAUACUUCACUGAUUUGCUCGGCCGCUUCGAGGCCUCCAAGAUCUCGUCCGAUGAGGUGUCAGUCCUGAUGGUGCUCGGCGAUCAGCUCGUCCAGGCACCCAUCCUGUCCAACAGAAAGAAGGGCCACAUUCAGCUUCUCCAUCGUGCACUCUCCAUCACCAACUCUGUCGUUGUCGACAAUGAUAAGACUGUGUACACGUUGCAAAAGACUAUCCUGCCCAACAUCGUUCCCAAGCUUAUGACCAUGUUGACAGUCAAGGACCAAACCACCAUAGUUGAGACUCUGCUGGACAACCUCAACGUGGCCGACAUUCGCUCAAUCACCAUGGAUACACUGGAGUGCGUUCUUAUCGAUGCCAACAGCAUCCUGUCUGUGCUGAGCGUCAAGUCCAAGGAUGGCUCAAAGAUCCUUCCCGAGCUGCCACGUCUCAACUCGAUCCUGGAGAUCAUCAAGAUCAACGCUCCAAAGAUCAAGGAUGUCCUUCUCCUUCUCGGAUCUGUAUUCUCCACUUUGUCUCUGCUCAAUGCCCAGAAGAGUGACAGUAACGAGUACACCAAGCAGCUCACACUCCUUGCCCUUGGCGCAAUCAGCGACAAUCUGUCCAAGUCCGAGCGUGACCGUGAGCUCUACGAGCAGAUAGUUGACCUGCCCGCUGUGCUGACCUGUGUGUCGGCCAGCGAGGAGGGCCAGACCUGCAAUACUGGCCUGAUGCUUCUUUCCAAGGUGUCCAAGAUCGCACCAACCAAGGUGAUCGACAACUUUGGCGCCAUCAUCGAUAUGAUCAAGGCCACAGUGACUCGCGACGACAACCACACCUUUGGCGUGCUGAAGGAGUUCCUCAUGAACACCAUGCCAGAGCUGCUCUCCAUUGGAGACCUCACACUGACCACAAUCUUCAAGCUGUUCCUUGACUCGUUCACCGACAUCCCCAAGCACAACCGUGUCGAACUCUUCUCAGUGAUGCUCCAGUCGAUCACAUACUCCAAGUUGGGCAUACUGCUCACCCUUAUGUUGGAGAAGCGCAUUGAGAUCCUUAGACGCGAGACUGCCAACGAGGAGAAGCAAAAGGAGACCUUGGCCGCUGCCGCCAUGGACACCAAGGAAGACGGAGUCAACCAGCAACAGCCAGAGGAGCUCAAGCAAGACGAGAGCAACCGUUUCAACGACUUUAUCACUGCCUUCUGCAAUGGUGUGCCCGCACCGGAGAUGUCCUGUGCACUAGCCACGUUGUCCAGAGCUGUAAAUACAAUCUCAGUGGACAGUGGAAACGUCAUUGAGGAUAUGGACGAGGCUAUGGAUGAGGAUGCCACAAAUGGAAACGACGAGGACGUUGCAGAGAUUGUCAAGUUCUUGGAGAAGAACUCUGCCAAGGACAAUCGCUUGCUCCAGGCCAACAUGUUGGACUUUAUCGACGAGCGCCUUUCGUCCACCUCCUACCUCGAGGACCUGUCAUUCAAGAUCACCUCAACAGACCGAGAGCUCAUCGAGAAGCACUACCUGUCCUCAUUCUCCAACCUACUGGUCAUGCUGCGCAGCAUCACCGAGUGCAUUGAGCGCCUCACCUCUGAGAGCAGUGGCAAGAAGGGCAAGGACAAGUACCUCAAGAAGCUGCUGUCGUCCGUCAACCGCUGCAUGGACCGCUACAACCAGCUGCUGUCUGUCGACGGCUUCGUCGUGUCAGUGUCCAAGCUGCUGCACCACCCAGACCCCCAGGUGCGCCGUCGCUCUCUGGUCAUCUUCAACGAGAAGAUCUCCACGCUGAGGAAGCAGCUGACGCCCGAGCAGAUCGUCAAGUUCCUCUCACUGCUUGAUGAGUUUGCCAAAGUGAUCGAGUCUCCCAAGGAGAUCGACACCAACAAGCAGACCGCCCUUCUCAGCUUUGAGAUCCUGGCGCGUAACUUUGCCACCAACCACAGCAAGGUGUUCCUGAAGCAGAUGACCACCAUCAUCAAGGCCAUGGGUGCCGGCAACUACAUGGUCGUAUCCAGCUCGCUCAUUUGCAUUGCCACCCUGUGCUCUGAACUCCAAGCCAAGACCGUGCCAUACAUUCCACAGUUCUUCCCCGUGCUUCUCAACACGCUGACAGGAUCAUUCAAGUCAUCUGAAGAGUCUGAGACUCGCAACCUUCUUCAGCUGUCCUGUAUCUCCUCAUUGGAGAUGAUGCUCAAGAAGAUCCCCAAGUUCCUCUCACCAUACCUUCCACAAAUGCUCAACGCUCUCCUUCAUCCAAGACUCACAAGCACCAACGCCACAGGCAAGGUGUACACACAGGUCAAGAAAAUCUUGACAUUGUUGACAAAGAAUGUAGAGUUCAGACUGCUCCUGCCCGCUCUCGCAUCUGCCUAUGAGUUUGCCGUCGUGUCAGAGAAUGACCAGAGUGUCAUCUGUUUGUUUGACUUUGUCGGCGACAUCUCGACCAACCUGGGCGCCAAGGACGUGGCACUCUACCACAAGAACAUCUUCAAGUUCUUCCUGCAGUGCUUUGACUUUAGACGAAAGUACAACAGCAAGGUGCGCAACAUCGACCUUGUCGAGCAACAUCUGAUCAGCUCGUUCAUUGCCCUGAUCAUGAAGUUGAAUGAGAACCUGUUCAAGCCACUCUUCCUUAAGAUCUCUGACUGGGCUCAGUCACAACAGCAACAGCAACAGAACAAGAAGAAGAAGCCAAUGAAUGGACACUCGAGCAGCAGUCACACAUCGGACGACGCUAACACUGACGCCACUGGUGACCUCAACAACCUGUUGUUCUUCUACAAGGUUGUCAACGCGCUUGCCCAACACCUCAAGUCCAUCUUUGUCCCCUACAUGGCCUACUUUAUGGAGAACUCGAUCUUCCUGCUCGAGACACUGAUCGUCAAGUCGCCCGGACACAACGCCCACGACGAACACGACGAUGACAUUGCACUGACCAACAGCAACGGCAAGAGAAAGAGAGCCAACCAGAGCUCGACAUCCGCCUCAUCUGCAGCGGCGGCUGCACUGACCAACGGCGGCGUGUCUGGCGCAACCAUGUCCACCAAGGAGGAGGUGAUAUGCCAGGUGCUCUCUGCGAUCCAGAAGUGUCUAUCAUUCGACAAGGACAACUUCUUGGACAAGCAGCGCUUCGAGAAGCUGAUGCCAGCACUUGUAAAUCAAUUGGAGAACCAGAUGGGCAGCAACAGCGAGGCGUACAGAAACAGAAUGGAGAAGUACCUGGUGCCGUGCAUCACCCAGCUGGCACUGACGAUCAACCAGGAGAUGCUGUGGAAGCCACUGAACCACUCGGUGCUGAUAAAGACCAGGAACCCAUACGCCGCGGUCAGACUGUCUGCUCUGUCCGUCAUCCACGCACUGCACAAGCGUCUUGGCGAGCGACUCAUCAUCCUGCUACCCGAGACACUGCCAUUCAUUUCGGAGCUACUGGAGGACAGUGUGCCCGAUGUGGAGAGGGCAUGCCAGGAUGUGGUAAAGACCAUCGAGAAUCAUCUUGGAACAGACGAAUCCAUCUCAUCAUACCUAUAA